AUGGGAGCAAAUAUUUCAGGAGAAGACUAUGAGGCAAACGACAAGGAGGUCUUUCAAUCCUACCGCAUUCCCCCAAAAGCCUACAAGAAAAAGAGCACCGCCAACAGCACCGGUGCAAGAAGUGUCAAGUCUCUCAGCGACACCUCUCAGCCUGUCUCGCCUACUUCUGUCGAGUUUGGGCAAUUAACGUCUUAUCGCAACGGAGGCGGAGGAGGAGGGAACAAGCAACAGAAACACCAACCACAACAACAACAGCAUCAGCAGCCACAAACGAGGUUACGUGCAGGAUCGAUUCCAUCGGGGUUCAAUCGGUCAUGGCGCGACCGACCCAUCUCGCACCCUCCUUCUGUACUCUCGCCUUCCUCUUCGACCUCUUCGCUUAAUCUUUCGAUUGUCAACGCUGCUGUUGCGGCUGGGUCGCCCACUUCGUCGAUGUAUGAGUACUCGAAUGGUCUGGUCAGUGCGCCCAUCACGCUCAUGUCUACGCAUUACAACCAUGGCGCAGGAGUAGGAGGAGGGGAUUCGAGGAGCAACAGUGGAUACUCGAUUGGGUCCGACACUUUUGACUUCUCCACGACUCCUCAUGCGGUGGGGACUGGACUUGGUCGGGCGACGUAUGUGAACGGUAAAAUAGUCGAGGCUGGCGUCCAUGGCGGCAGUUCUUCCUCUGUCAACAACAGCGGGGGAGGGCUUUAUAUGCACAACAACUAUACGGUACAAGACUUCAUGUCGUAUCAACAGCAACAGCAACAACAGUUCCUUGAACAGCAGCAGUACGAGUACCAACAAAUGAUGAUUCUCCGGCAACAGCAACAACAACUCAAACUUGAGUAUGAACAGAAGCAGUUGGCGCUUCUUCAGCAACAACAGAGCUUGCAUCAGAACUCGACUCAGAUCUCGACGCCGGUGAUGGCGACAGCAGCGCUACCACGGCCGUCUCAGGAGUAUACCAACACACAGCAGAUCACGGGUGUGGUCCUGCAGACCAAGACCAGGCGACCGGCCCGGAACCCCGACCGGGCUUUGAGUAGCCAAAACCUGAGUAACGGCGGGGGUGGUAACGGUCAGCAUCGCAACACCAGCCACGCGAUUUCUAUCCCCGCCCCUACUGCAUCUUCAUUGCAGCGUCAGCCCCAUACCUCACAGUCGUCUUCCCACCCUCACCACCAGGAACCCCGAUCACCUACCAUGUCCACCGGCUCGGCCAAUCACAACAACCAUUAUCACCACUAUUCGACCUCGCCCUCCGGAUCCAUGGCUUCCAGUUUCAACGGCGGUGCGUCUUCGUUCUCGAGUACUGGAUCGCAUUACCAUUCCAUGCUCGCCAUGACCAGCGCUGCCUCUCCUCCCUCUUCAUCCUCAUCAUCGCUGUCCAACCCUGGUGGUCCUACAUCCGAGCCAGCCACAGUGUCUACGGUGGCAGCAACAGGUCAUGGUAAUGGUGCUUCAAAGUCGACUACGUCGUUAACAAAAUCAUCUGGACUGUCGGCCGAUGAACUGGCAGCAAGGAUUUUGCCGCUAAGACGGCUUUUGGGCGGCCGAGAGUACUAUCCGGAUAAGACUCUGCCCUAUCUCUUGCCCUGCGAUGAGCAAGAAAGCGAACGAUUGCUGCUGCAGCACUACGUGAUUCGGUAUGCGUUCGGGUCGAAUAUGAUUCCCCCUAUUGACACGACGGUCGCCGGCAAGGUCCUUGAUUGUGGCUGCGGACCUGGUACCUGGGUCAUGGAAAUGGCAACGGAAUACGAGGAUCUGGAAUUCUACGGGUUCGACGUCUCCCCCAUGUACCCUACAGCAAUCCACCCCAAAAACGCCCACUUCUCCAUGGGAAACCUCCUCGACCCCGAGAUCCCCUUCGCCUCCGACUCUUACCUUCUCGUCCACCAACGCAACAUGCUCCUCGGACUCACCCAGGACGCCUGGCCCGGCGUCGUCCAGGAUCUUUUCCGAUGUGUCGUCCCUGGAGGACAUGGAUGGUUACAACUCUCGGAGGUCGACCCAAUCUGGAGCAGGCCAGGACCGAUCUCGAGGAGCGUGUUAAAGAUGCUCAACGAGACCGCCCAGAACCGAAACGUCGACGUCCUACUCCCCUCACGACUCGACCAAGUCCUAAAAGACGUUGGCUGCGAGAACGUGAAAAUGAUGAUGGUAGAAAUCCCCAUCGGUCCCUGGGGUGGGAAAAUCGGGAUGCUCUGGCGAGAUGUAUUAAAGGCAGAGAUGGAGGCGUUGAAGCCGGUGGUGUUGCAGGCGGCGUUGGAGAAUGCGGUCGCGAGUGGGAUGGAUGUGGCGGUUUGUGGAGCAGAGAUGACGACGGGGGAGGAGUGGGAGGAGAUGAUGGGCCAGGUUUGGGCAGAGAUGGAUCAGUACCAUACUUUUUCGAGGGUUUAUCUUGCCUAUGGGCAAAAGCCUUGA